AUGGCGUCACGAACACACGAUGCACCUGGUGGUGCGCCCUCAGAAGUUGCUCCCAGGAAUAAGCAGGAACAAUCGCUGAACGACCGCUUCUUCCGCUACUUUCAACAAGAGAUCACCGCUUUGCAAGACCAGAUGGACCGUCUCGCCGAUACCUCGACGGCCGGCGGAGAAAGCCGAGACGCCGUUGACCACUGUCUUGCUGGGAUAUCGAGGUUGUCAAGUGAAGUUAAGGACGCCUCUAGCUACGUACCACCGUAUGAUCAGCGGAUAUAUGCUGAAGCGAUCAAAGCUCUUCAAGAAAAGCUAGCAGAGACCCAAGCGGCCAUUGCUCCCCGACAAAAGUUCACCUUCAAAACUGCCCGCAAAAAUCCCUCCGCGAUAUCUCUUGCAGAUGUAGCCGAACUAGACGCGCAAGGCCGUCGCCAUAUCCCCGGUUAUCGGUCUGGGGACAACUCAUCUGUGGAAUCGUCCCUGAACACAACACCCCUUCAUGCUCUGACGCCUAACGAUCCUGGAGGUCCAGAAAGCCCAAGCAACGGCUUCGCGGAUGGCUCUCUCUCCUCUUUUACUACACGGGAUACAUCAGGGAUAGACAACGGGCAGUCUACAAAGAACGAAAUUUCGCCGAUAUCCGUGAACUCGCAGUCCAAUGUGCGGUUCACCCUGCCGCGUCCUACGUUACAUAAAUCAGUUCCAAUCUCUAUCACUUCAGUGACACGCUCUGUGAUUGAUCUACUCGAUGGAUACCCAUUUGCUGCUCUUUCGGUCAAGAAUAUUACCGACAGUUUACUCAUGUGCGGCGAAGUAACGGGAGCGGCGCACAUCACCGGUGUGGGACAUUCGGUGAUUGCCGUAUCCUGCCAUCAGUUCCGUAUGCAUGAUUGCGAUAAUGUCACCGUCUAUCUUGGGUGCUCGAGCACUCCCAUCAUCGAGAAUUGUCACAAUAUUCGCUUCACUCAUAUCCCAAGUCCUUUUCUUCGAAGCCCGGUUCCUUUUACAAUAAAGGAUUCUUGGUCCCAUGUAGAUGACUUCAGUUGGCUCAAGAUGGGCCAUAGCCCUAAUUGGAUGGUUGCAGACGAAAAGGAGUUCGAUCCGGAUCAUAUAUGGAAAGGCCUGUGCGGCAACAAUGGCCAGCAAUCAUUAGAAGCAGUUUCCCUUACCUCCUAA